AUGGGAUACGAAAAUUUCAAUCACCAGCCCAACUUUAAACCAAUUGAUCACCUUUAUGAAGGUAGAUUACGUCAAUUCACUGACACGGGUGGCCAAUACCCCAACUUGAAUUUACCUAAAUUCUAUGACAUUCAUAGAACUGAGAUUGGCAAUUUGCAAACUUGGAAAGUACCAGACGACAAAGAAGGGCGUACUCAGAGACCUUUGUUUCGUGAUAUCGACUUUGGUGAAGUGUCUUGGGAACAUAUUGGAUUAGGUUACAACUUUGGACCAAGUUGGAAGACUUUUUGGGUCAAGUUUCAUUUGGAUAUUCCUCAAGAUUGGCUCAAAUAUGAAGGAUUGGAAAUUGAGUGGGACUCAAGCUCCGAAGCGUUGAUUUAUGACGCCAAUGGCCGUCCUUUACAAGCUUUUACCGGAGGCGACCGUAACUUGUUUGAAAUUCCCGACAAGUUUAGAAAACCUGGCAAACAAUUAUUUUUCAUUGAAGUUGCUUGUAACGGAAUGUUUGGUAAUGGUGCCGAUGGUGAACCAGACCCCAAUAGAUACUUCCGUUUGAACAAGGCACACUUGGUGGUGCCCAAUUUGGAAGCUAGACGACUCUUUUGGGAUUUUUGGAUUUUGGGAGAUGCAGCAAGAGAAUUCCCUGGAGGAUGGCAAAAGUAUCAAGCAGCUGAUCUUUGCACAAAAAUCAUGAAUGCAUUUGACCCUGAAAAUGUCGAUUCGAUUAAAGAUUGUCGUAAAUUGGCAACUAAAUUGCUUGGUGACAAGAUCAACUCUGAAGAAGUGUUUAAUGACUAUCCCAACAAGACAAAACGUAUUGAUGUGUUUGGUGUGGGUAAUUGUCAUAUUGAUACUGCCUGGGAAUGGCCAUUUGCUGAAACCAAGAGGAAAAUCGUUCGUUCUUGGACAACCCAAUUGAAAAUUGCCGACAAGUACCCAGAAUACGUCUUUGUUGCAUCUCAAAUGCAGCAAUUUAAAUGGUUGAAACAAUCUUAUCCUGAAAUUAUUGAUGAUAUUAAGGAAAAGUUUAAAAGAAAUCAAUUUAUCCCUCUUGGUGGUUCAUGGGUUGAAAAUGAUACCAACUUACCCAAUGGUGAGUCUUUACUUAGACAAUUUAUUUUAGGACAAAGAUUCAGCCAAGCUGAAUUUGGUUUCCGGUCCAAUAUUUUCUGGUUACCUGAUACAUUUGGUUACAGCUCGCAAAUUCCGCAAAUUUGUCAAUUGUCUGGCAUUGAUCGUUUCUUGACGCAAAAGUUAUCUUGGAACAACAUCAAUACCUUCCCCCUCACUACUUUUAACUGGAAAGGUAUCAAUGGGUCACAAGUGUUGGUUCAUAUGCCUCCUGACAACACCUAUACCGCUGCUGCAAACUUUGGCGAUGUUCUGAGAUCACAACAUCAGCACAAGAACUUACGUGACGUACCAACUGGCUUGUUACUUUAUGGUUUCGGUGAUGGUGGAGGAGGCCCCACUCCAGAAAUGAUUGAAAAGUUGAGGAGGUGCAGAGGGUUAAGUAACGAGAGUGGUUUGCUUCCUUCAGUUGCUUUGGAUGUUUCGAUUGAAGACUUUUACGACCAUUUAUUGGAGAAAUCCGAUAAUGGGCGGUCAUUGCCAACUUGGACAGGUGAGAUUUACCUUGAAUUCCAUCGUGGUACUUAUACCGUUCAAGCUCAAGUUAAGAGACUUAUGAGACAAGGGGAAAUCAAGUUGCAUGACUUGGAGUUGGUUGCUGGAUUGGUUAGUCUCAAAAACAAGGACUACCACUAUCCUGCUAAGCAGAUUAAUGAUUUGUGGGAGGACCUUUGUUUGUGUCAAUUCCAUGAUGUUUUGCCCGGUAGUUGUAUCGGUAUGGUUUAUUAUGAAGAAGUGUUUCCCAUGUUAACUAGCUUAUUGGAAAAAGCCGACAAGUUAAUCUUUAAGGCAUUUGAAGCUUCGGGUAAACCUAAGCAUGCAUUGGUCAAUACUUUACCUUGGGAUAGACAUAACGAAAUUGUGGAGGUCGAUGAAGACGAGUCACCAGAUUUGUACAAGGCAUUUAAAAAGGAUGGACGCGUAACCAAGGAGGGCAAGCUUCAAGUCUCUGUUGAUUAUAUUGGAGGAGAGACCAAAAUUAACAAAAAGGUUAAAUACCCCGCCAGUGUCAAAUCUGAUGACGAUGGGUAUGUGUUGUCCAAUGGUUUGUUGGUUGCAAAGAUUUCAUCAACUGGUGUAAUCACUUCGCUUUACGAUACGGUUGCCGAGAGAGAAAUUAUUGACACUACAGCAUCUGCUCAAACUAAGCAAGGCAAUAAGGCCAUUGGAGGUAACCAGUACUUGUUGUUUGACGACGAGCCUCUCAACUUUCCUGCUUGGGAUACCGAGUUGUACUCUUUGGAAAAGUUCAAGUUGUUGGAUUCAGCCAAGAGCAAGAUCUUGUCUAAUGAUGCUUUGGAGUCGUCGAUUGUUGUGACUCAUGAAAUCUCGCCAAACUCGUCUAUUGAAACUGUCAUUUCCUUAGCUGGUACCAAUGAUGAACAUAGCAUCAACAAUUAUGUCAAGUUUUCCUCAACUGUUCAAUGGCACGAGACGUAUAAGUUCUUGAAGGUUCAAUUCCCAACCACCAUCAACACGUCAUUGGAUGCCAGCUAUGAGACUCAAUUUGGAAUCACUAAAAGACCAACACAUUACAACACCACGUGGGAUGUGGCCAAGUUUGAAGUUUGUCACCAUAAAUUUAUGGAUUUGAGUGAGUACAAUUAUGGUGUCUCCAUUUUGAAUAAUAGCAAGUACGGUGGGUCGAUUCACGGUAAUUUGAUUAGAUUGUCCUUGCUUAGAAGUGCAAAAGCCCCCGACAAUAAAGCCGAUAUGGGUGAGCACAAAUUUGAGUAUGCCAUUUACCCACACAGUGGACCCUUGGGUAUCAACACAGUCAAGGCUGGUUACAACUUCAACUAUAAAUUGAUACCAAAGGCAAUGGAUACAUCUUAUUUGCAUGCCAUUAGAUUAAAUACCGAUGACAAGUCUUCGUUGAUCUUGUCUCACAUCAAACGUGGUGAGGAUGAUGUUGAUGUGAGUCAGUAUAACGAGUUGUCAAAGAAUGAAAAAUCCAUUGUUGUUCGAAUUUACGAGUCAUUGGGUGGUGCCAGUAAAGGUGAGUUGGUAAUCGAUGAAAAGCAUUUCAAGGUUGACAAGGUUAUCAAGACCAAUGGGUUAGAAAAUGAGACUGUUGAAGAGUUGGAAGUGAAGAAAGGUGUCGUUGGAAUCAAAUUGAAUGGAUUUGAGAUUGGUACUUUUAAAAUUUUGUUAAAGUAA